GCGCGCUCCCCCCCGUCUGCUCGGGAGACAGCGGGUCCUCCUCCAGUGGGUUUAAACUGCUCUACAGCCACAACAUCGACAUUUUGGAGCGCAGCUCUACCGCGCCUGCUUCACCACACCUCUCCUCGGCUUUAUGUGGAUUUACCGUUCUCUGUCGGAGCGUUUGCAGCCAGAAGUGACCCAACACAUUGGUGUGUUUUCAGGCGACUUCGGUGGGCGGAUAAUACGCAGGAGGGCACAUCCGGGCCUGACUGCUCCGGAAAGUCGCCUUGAAACGACGGAAUUCAACGUUUUCAGCCACAGUGAAGAGAUUCCUCCAUGAAGUCUGUUCACGUACCGGACGGUGGAGGCCGUGCUCUGCCCUGACAUGGAGAAGAUGAAGAGAAUUAAGAAGCGCCUGUCGCUAACGCUUCGUCCCAGCCAGACCAUCGACGAGUCUCUGUCUGAACUGGCCGAGCAAAUGACCAUGGACGACAAUGGCGCUAAGGAUAACGAGCCCUUCAUGAGGAAUGGCCGUCCCCCGACCUCCCACAGCAUGCACUCAUUCCUUCACCAGUACACUGGGUCCUUCAAGAAGCCGCCGCUCCGACGACCUCACAGCGUCAUCGGGGGUUCGCUGGGCUCUUUCAUGUCAAUGCCACGCAAUGGCAGUCGUCUAGAUAUCGUGCAUGAAAACCUGAAGAUGGGUUCAGACGGGGAGAGCGACCAGGCUUCGGGAACCUCCUCAGAUGAGGUCCAGUCUCCAACCGGCGUUUGUCUCAGGAACAGAGUCCACCGGCGCAUCUCUAUGGAGGACCUCAACAAGCGUUUGUCACUGCCUGCUGACAUACGAAUUCCUGAUGGCUACUUGGAGAAGCUGCAGCUGACCAGCCCACCCUUCGACCAGCCUCUCAGUCGCCGCUCCCGUCGAGCAUCACUGUCUGAGAUUGGUUUUGGGAAGCUGGAGACAUACAUCAAACUUGACAAGCUGGGAGAGGGAACCUAUGCUACAGUAUUUAAAGGACGCAGUAAGUUAACUGACAACCUGGUGGCGUUGAAGGAGAUUCGGCUGGAGCAUGAAGAGGGAGCCCCGUGUACUGCCAUUCGAGAAGUGUCGUUACUAAAGGACCUCAAACAUGCAAACAUUGUCACGUUACAUGACAUUGUCCACACAGACAAGAGCCUCACACUCGUUUUUGAGUAUCUGGACAAAGAUCUGAAACAGUACAUGGACGACUGUGGGAACAUCAUGAGUAUGCACAAUGUGAAGAUCUUCCUGUUUCAGAUCCUGCGAGGCCUGGCCUACUGUCACAAGAGGAAGGUCCUCCACAGAGACCUGAAGCCCCAGAACCUGCUUAUUAAUGAGAGAGGGGAGCUCAAACUGGCAGAUUUUGGUUUAGCUCGAGCCAAAUCCGUCCCCACCAAGACCUACUCCAACGAGGUGGUGACACUGUGGUACCGGCCCCCUGAUGUUCUGCUGGGGUCCUCUGAGUACUCCACGCAAAUCGACAUGUGGGGAGUUGGCUGUAUAUUCUAUGAGAUGGCUGCAGGUCGGCCACUGUUCCCUGGGUCCACAGUGGAGGAUGAGCUCCACCUCAUCUUCAGGUUACUGGGUACACCUACGGAGGAGAAGUGGCCUGGGAUCUCCUCCAUAGAUGAGUUCAAGUCCUACAACUUCCCCAAAUACAAGCCCCAGCCCUUCAUCAAUCACGCUCCCAGGCUGGACAGUGAAGGCAUCGAGCUGCUGCUGUCGUUUCUCAGAUACGAAUCGAAGAAGAGGAUCUCGGCUGAGGAGGCGAUGAAGCAGUGCUACUUCAGGCAGCUUGGCAUAAGAGUCCACACACUUCCAGAGAGUGCAUCAAUAUUUACGUUGAAGGAGGUCCAGCUGCAGAGAGACCCGGGCUACAGGAACUCGACCUACCCAGACUUAGGAAACGGCAAGAUGAACCGCAGGCAGAGCAUGCUCUUCUAGUGCUCCUUCUUCAACCCCUCCACUCCACCUGGACCAAGUUCUCUCGCAUGAACACACCCCCAUCCCAACCCAGAGGCGACCCAUCCGAACUUUACUGUCACACACAUUAACAUGCACACACGCUCUGAGCCAGUGACUGUGGGUGGAACCUGGGACUGUCUUUAUUUAUUUUGGUGGGAGGUAGAGAGCAGGGAUCUGCUGCUAAAGUACUACUGUAUUUAACACACUGUGUGUGUGCGUACGUGUGAAUGCAAGGCACCAUGCACAAGUAGAUGUCCAGACGGUUGCUCUUGCUCCUUUCAUUGAGGCUUUAUUUAAGUUCUGAUGACGCUGUGAUCCAAGUUCUGGUGUCCUGUUUAGUGAUCAGAUGCUUCUUCAGAUGUAAAAUAUAUAUAUAUAUGUGUUUGGGAGCAGUUGUGAGUCAGAAGGCAAACUCGUACAGGUCAUUCCACUCUGAGAGAACUCAAUCGUAGACACAAGAAGCUAACAGUGGUUUUGGUGUCACCCUCCAGACAGACGCUUGCAGUAGAGCCUCUGCUUUUCCUCCUUCCUUGUAGAGAUUUUACAAGCUCACUGGGCGAGCAGAAACAAGUGACCAACAGCCCAGCGGUUGAAGAUGAGUGGAUGAAUGUGAAUAUUUGUCUUCCGUGACUGAACGUUUCCAGGUUGAGGAGCACUGACUUCGAGAAUCCCGGCAGUUUCAUUCCAAACUGUGUCAGACAGACUUCCACGUUCCACCUCAAGCGACUCGAGAAGAAGCACACAGCCCGCUUUAAUACGUUUUUGCAGCAGGGACCUUAGCUUCACAAGUUUUUACCCUCAACAGUAUUAGGUCAGGACCUGUCCACAGUGUCCUAGUGUUUUCAGAGAGUGAGGAGAAGCACGUUCCAAAAGCUAAAACCCGGGGACUGCUCCUCUCUCUGGCAGUAAAAUAGACGGCUCACCAUUUUACCGCAUGUUUACUGAAGCAAACUCCUCCAAUCACUUGAAGAGGGUUUUUUUUUUUAAUGUCUAUUGUUCUUUUCGUAGUAGCAAUGUGAAAACGUAUGAUUCCUGUGACAUCAGAUAUUCCAGCAGCAGGGAUCAAGUGUUUUAUUUAUGGACACGGUGUCAGGUUUUUGUUUUUCUGGUCCAAUAUUCAACAUUCAGCAGUUCAGGCAGGGAGUCAGAUUUGCACCGUCGUCGUAGCAGAACAGUGAAAUACUUGAGCUGCAGCUUGGGCUCACCUGCAGUUUCUUUCAAGUCCAGCCGUGCAGUUCACUGAAAGAGAAGGUGCAGUAACAGCUGCAUUCCAAAAGGGGCAGUGUUGUGUUGCACUUUGUAAAUGCCUUUGACUGAAUGUUACCUGUUAAUAUGAGACGUUGUUGCUAAUGUAAACGCGAUGGUUUUGACAGGACAAGUCAUUAUAUUAAUGGUAGAUUUCCUGUGAUGCACUCGUCUAUGGAGUAAAAUAUGUACCUACUUGUAAGAUGUUGCAUCCAUGAAGUGUACCGCAUGGACUCGAGAAACAAAGUCUGCUUCGUCUCCCGACUUGAGUUUGGAAGAUUCUUGAAAUAAUGGAAAAUAUGAGGUCUCUUUAAGAACAUUGUGUCUCCCAAUUAUUAUUUUUUUAUUUAAAACUUAAAAAAAAAUCGAAUGAAUUUAUUUUCGAUUGGUAAAUUAAACCUGAUAGCUGAAAAUAAUAUACAAAAACUGUGUUUUUCUUACUUUUUUGUGUUUGACACUAACCAGUUUACAAUUAAAUAGCAGAAAGUUCUCUUCGGCUCAGGUUUUAUUUCUGGAGUGGAUGCAGCACACUUCUGGAUAUAUUUUCUUUGCUCUUAAAAAUUGUCAAUAUCGGAACCUCCAUGGUUUCUGAAGCUGUAAGUACAUGUGGAGAUGCAGCAUUGUGUCGCUAAUAAUGUUAUUAACAUCAGCAGUCGUUACAUGCAUGGACGCAGAUUUCUACAACUGUUUAUUAUUUAUCAUUGUGAGAAGUGUCACGUUUGGAACGUCUGAGCGACCCCAUGUGUCUGAGAGUGUAAAUAUGUGCGUAUGGAGGUGUGUGUUUGCCUGAUGCAUGAAAGGCCUGCUGUGUCGUGAACAACCUUGGAAACACUGAUCUGCCCGUGAACAAUUAGUGUGUGUUCUUCUUUUUACUGGAAUUAUUUAUUUCUCAUAACCAUCGGAAGUAAAUUUAAUGUUUCAUAAAGGA